UCCAGUCCUGUGGGUGGCGUUAAUGCAGCAAAACACAUCUCACACGAAGAAGAAUGCCAACACGAAGCUUUCGAUUUUAUUUCCCAUCUCCAUUCCUCGAGGAUUUAUUGUUGUUUGAGAAAAACUACAACUAGUUCAUUUGACUGAUCAAAACAAUAUACGAUAAACGUUGAACUCGCAAGAUAUUAAACAGAAAGGAGACGGAAAGUUGCUACCCGCGUUUGAGCCUUUUCAGAAGUGUCAUAUAUCAACGAGAAAUACUGGGUGAUUUCUGUUGUUUGCCCUGGCUGUGGUAAAGGGGGAGUAAUCACAAUUAAAACAUCAGGUUUGCGAUGGCAAUAUCUGAAUUGUGGGCCAGCACCUGAAACAAGGCAGGCCAUAUGUAACGACGUUUACAUCAUUGUAUUAUGCUCAAUUGUCACAUUUUUCUACAGAGUUGGGGAAUUGAUGAUUGAAUUGACAAUCAAAGACUUUUAAGAAAAGAUUUUUUAUUAUUUUUGGAAUUUUCUAUUUUAUUGAACUUGGUAGAGUUGCUAUUUUAGAAAUGUUGUGAGCAGGUGUGGCUUUUUAUUAAAUGUAUAGAUUUUCCCUUGUUUUAUAGCUGCUGAAGUGAGAUUGGACUUUAUUUCCUGAAAAAUAUUUCCAGUAGUCAAAGUUAUCAUAUUUUGAUAACUUUUUUUAAACCUCUCGCAUAAUAUGAGAGAUAUAUCUCACAUGAUCCCUGUUUCCUAAACGAUUGAACUUCAACUCAAAAGAGGCUACAUUUGACUUUGUAAUGAUGGCUUAUUCAAUGGACUCUAUGCUAGAGUUAAGUGGAGGAGAUGCCUUCAUCUGCACAGAGUGUGGUGAAGGGUUUAGUCAGUACCCAAAACUAGUCGAACACAUGGCCAUUCAUGGCCUUACGGAGAUAUUUUCUUCUGAUGGUUUAAGCAUUAGUAAUGGAAAUUGUAUCAACACAUCCAUUGAGGUUGCUCUCCAUGAAAACGGAAUGCUCACUGUGGUGGAUCGAUCUGUGUUGUCCAACUUUACUUUCUUGUUUGGAAAACCAUCAUCCAAGUCAUUAUGGUCCCAACCUCCUAAACAGGAAGCCUCGACUUCAUCUAAGAUACCCAAGAAGGAGUAUACUCAGUUUAAGUGUGAAAGAUGUGAACAAGUGUUCACAACUCCAAAGAGCUUACAACAGCAUCAGCAGUACCGUGCCCUUGAGCAGGGGUUCAAAUGCACUCUGUGCUGCAAGGUGUUUAAUGAUGGGGAGAGUCUGCAGAGCCACCUUCAAACCCAUGCUAAUGAACGCUUUUAUAGUUGUGGUCACUGUGGAAAGCGGUUCUUAAGACAAGAGACCUUACUGUCACAUCAAAAACAGUUGCAUGCAUCUGAUGGUUCCAAGACCUUGAGUAGAUCUGAGGUAAAUCAAGGACAUAAUAUGGACAGGUCUUAUCUUUGCAAAAUUUGUGGCUUGCACUUCUUUUGGUUGUCUGACUUGCAAAGCCACCUGAACAGUCACACUCGCAUCAGCAGGCCAUCCAGUGAUGUAACACAAAAACAGGAAAUGCUUGGGGAAGAAGAAAGUAAGAAAAAUGGCAGUAAUUCAAUUAAUGAGCCAUGUCGUUGUGGCCUGUGUGGGGAACAUUUCAACCAUAUUUCAGAUUUAAGAGAUCAUCAUAAAAAACAGCAUCCAGAUGAGGAUGAAGUAAAGGACUCUUCAGGUUUACCGGCUAAGAUGAAACAGCAGUGCCAUGGUGUAAUGCGACAAAUGCAAGAGCAGAGAGUUGAUCCACUAAGGUCAAGCAUAAGAGGAAGACCUAGAGGAGUGAACAGAGUCAAUUUUAAUGGUGAUAUAUUUUCCUGCAAACUCUGCCAUCUUUCGUUUUUACACUCAAGCAGUCUUUCUCGUCAUAUGCGUUACCAUAAGGGAACUUUGCAUGCCUGUGUUCAUUGUGGAAAACGCUUUCCACAAAGAUGUGAUGUCACAAAGCAUGUUGCCAUGUACCACAGUUCAGCGAUUCAACCUAAGGUUCCUGGGGAGUCAAAGACCCAACAUGAGGUUAAAAACCGGGAUCAGGGUCCUGCGAAAGCAUCAACACAAACAAAAAGUUAUGGUGAACAAGAAGAACUUGAAGAAGAAAAUCAGCCCACAUCCAAGACAAAUGAUCUGUUACUUGGUUCUCCUUCUAAAGGAACUUACAAACAAAGGAUGGAAUACAAAUGCAAAGAAUGUUGUAGAGUUUUUGGGCUACUUAGUGUUUAUCGGCGACACAUUUAUUACCACAAGAGAAAUCCGUGCAAGGUUUUGCUCCAUUGCCCACUCUGUCCAAGCCGCUUCACAUUCCUCUCUGCUUUAGAUCGCCAUCUUGAAUAUCAUCAUAAAGUAGAGUCUGAAAAUGAUGGCACAAAACCUCCUGAGACUAAUAUAGUUGAUUCCAAAAGUCAGCAAGGAGAUGCUGAAAAGCCUAAUAAAAAUUCUGAUAAUGGCAUGUUGUAGGAAAUAGUAAAUGAAUACACUGAAUGUUUUCAGACCUAGAGAUCCACAAAAUGACCUAAAUUAUAUGGACACCCUUAUCUAAUUAACAGUUUUGGCUAUUCCAGCAGUUUCUGUGAAGACAAAUAUAAAUGCUUAACUAUAACAUAAAAAACUAUGUGCUUUCAAUUUUGUUUCAAAAGCGAGGACCCUUUUUCUAUUCCAGCAGGGCAAUGAACCUGUGCACAAAGCAAUGGUCUACUGUUUCCAGUGUUGAAGAAAGUGAAUGACAUGAACAAAUCCACUACUGGGCAUAUUUUGGGAUGGAUUGGGAAAGCAUACUGUGAGCAAGAAUUUUUUGCUUGAUGUCAUUGCCUGACUUUCUUGAUGCUCCUGUGUCUGAAGCAAGUCCCUGUAACAGUGUUCCAUUCCAGAAGAGUGGAGUUUUGUUAUAGCUGCAAAAAGAGUGAUGUCAUACUUUUUUAAAUAAAUUGGCUGACAAGAGCAUCAGAGCAUCAUUAGGUGUGUUUCCACGGAAAAAAUUGGGCAUUCUAGUGCGUGCCUGGGCCAGUCACUUCCGGGGCUUAAUUGUGCCUCAUCGGUGCUUCCUCAGGGCUGACGGCCAGGGUUUUUUGACCCGAUGAUAACCUUGGACCAGAGC